AUGGGCGGGUCGGCGCCCGCGCCGCCUGUGGACCCUGGAGUUGUAGUGCAGCAGUUGGCAACAGCUUUGUCUUUGCUGGCUGCGAACCAGCAAGACGGGGCAUUUAGGGACGAUCUUCUGAAAGUCGAGAAAGCCACCGAGAUCCUCGCAUUUGCCGAUUACGAGUCCGGAACCAAAGCUCGAAGCAUCAGAUUGUACUCUAUAUUGGCGACUUAUCUUCGGAACCGUCCUCUCCGAUUGCUGCGGUCGGUAGCAGACGGUGACGGGUUCCGUGUGUGGCGCUCUUUGGUAGAUGAACUCCAACCUUCUAGUCGUCCUCGAGCACUUGCGUUGGCACAGGCUUUGGUAAAGUUCCCACCGUACAAAGAGGGCGGCAGUUUGCUAGACUACACCCUUGCGUUCGAGAGACUCCUCACAGAGUACGCAAAGGUUGCACCUCAUCCCUACGACGACAACUUGAAAAUUUCAACGCUCCUGGCAGGACUGCCUAGCGACGUGCGGAAGUACCUGGAGCUGAACAUGGACGACAGCAUGACCUACGAGAAGCUGCGCACCCGGUUGCUGCAGUAUGAACGGACUACCGCAGGGUGGUCUUCGGAGCAUGUGUUGCGGUCGGUUGGCAUCGACAAAGAUUCGAAGUUCUUGGACACGUCAGAUGUUGUGCCAAUGGAGGUAGAUCGCGUUGAGAAAGGAAAAGGGAAGAAGGGCUUUGGCAAGAAGGGCACCGGCAAGAAGGGCGACAACAACUACUAUCAGAAGGGCAAGGUAGUGCACGAGCAGCCCAAUGACAUCAACCUAGUGAUCUUCGAGACUCCCCAGACUCCCACCUGUGAGUUCUUCGAUUUGGCCUGUGAGGACGAUGACUGGGAUGACUAUUUCGACGAGCCCGAUGAGUACCAGGUACGUGCCGUGGAACUUUGUGCGGGAAGUGCCUUAGAAGUUGAAGCUGAAGCCGAAGCUGAGCUCCAGUCGAGUAGCACGCUGGUGUUUGACAUAGCGGAGAGUGAUGAAGACAGUGAUUGUGAGCAUGACGUUCGUAUGGUCAGUGAGCAGCCGAUGCAGCAUGAGUUUGAGCAAGUGAUCUUGGAUUCUGGAGCGGAUGUGACAGUGCUUCCCCUCUCCCACGGCGCGGUAGGAGAACCCAAUGCAAACAAUACCAUGAUCCGCGAUGCCCAAGGUAAUGUCAUCCCGAUGGCGAGCUACAGAAAGAACGUGGUCUUUGAAGUCGAGGGCAACGAAGGCCAGCGGCUGGUCUUCCGGGACAAAGUUGUCGUAGCUCAAGUGAAGCAGCCUCUUUUGAGUGUGGGGAAGCUGAUUCGAGAUCACUGGAGCCUCGGGGAUGUUGACGGCCGUUUGCAGAUGAGCAAGGGUGGCAACAGCUUCCCAGUGCACAUGUCUCGGAACUCGCUUGCAGCAAACAUGAAGAUUUAUCGACUUGAGGAACAUGUCCGUGCAGUUGUGAUUGAGCUUUCCGAGUUGAUGGAGAGCGGCACUGAGAUUCAAGGGUGGAGCCUCUCCCCAGAUGGGGGCCCCAUGCACGUGAGCACAAGCAGCAGCUGCACCGUUGAUCCUUCUCUGGUGUUCCCUUCGCAGCAGUGGCCGUUUCGCACCACGUUGCUUUCACAGGGUGAUCGUCGAUAUGAAGUGUUUGAGUCUGGCGAAUAUUGGGAGGAUCGGAAAACUUUGAGCACAGAACGUCCUGCAACCAAAGUUGUUACUAUCUUGAGUGCUGCACCAGUGGAGCCCAGGGACAUUGGAAAGGUGAUUGUAAAUGAGCAGUUUCGUCCUGAAUACAUUGUUCCCGAAGAAGCCCCUGCUCAUGAUGACGGUGAUGCUUGGAUGGCGGCGGCCCCUGAACGUGUUCCCGAUUCUCCUCCAGCCCAGGUUGAUGGACAGCGCGGUGGCGGCGCUGAAGAACAAGGCGAUCCUGUGGGUCCCGAGGUCCACCUGGCUGCGGGGAGACAAGCAACUUUGGUGGUUAAUGAUGUUGAGCUCACUGAAGACUCUUCGCUGAAAGUGUUGCGUAGAGCAUGCCAGUUUCUUCGAGUGAGCAAGAAUGGGAGCAAGGCUGUACUGUGGAGCAGGCUUCAGAGUGAGGUAGCAGAUUCUCAGCUUCGACAUUCUGUGCAGUGCAAGCAGCUGAUGCAGUGUUGGAAGCAUACCGCCGAGAACCUCAAACGGAAUCUGGAACAGCUCCUCCGGAUGCCGAGACGGUGGCACUUCAUGAAGUCACCCACUGCCCCAGAAUGCCGUGGUGCAAUGCAUGUGUGGCUUCGCGGAAGCCCUGAACACCCCAUGGCAGUGCAUGUCGUUAUGGUCGAUGAGCACACAAACUUUGUGCAGUGUGUGCCUGUGGAGUCGAAGAGUGCAGAACAUGUGCGUGUAGCAGUCGAUGAGGCUGUGAAGAUGGCCUCUCUCCUUGGCCACACCAACCUGACGCUGCGUGGAGACAGCGAGCCGGCGAUGAAGGCGUUCAUGGCAGCGAUCGUGCAAGCAAGGACCCGAUUGGGGUUAGCGACCAAGGUUACUUAUGCUGCGCCGGAUUCGAGCUUGCAUCAAGGUUUGAAGGCAGAGCGCUUUAUUGGCAUUGUUCGGGGUUUGGCCAAGACUUUGCUGAGAACGAUUGAAGAGCGGGAAGCUUUGCGCUUUUGGUUCCUCGGUGUUCUCCACACGCUGCUGCUAAAGGAAGCGGUGUGCACUAUGCCAGAACGAUGCGAAAAGGUGAUUCCGGAAACAGACAUGGACUUGAGCUUCGAAGAUAUGGAGUGGGCCCAUCGUCGAUACGAGGAUGGACCUCCGGAGCUCUCCGAGGAGUACCUUUGCCGCCUUGACGCAGCUAUGGAUGCUUUGGAAGUCAAGCGUUUGUUGGCACUUGGAGUGGUUCGCAAGCUUGGGGAUAACCAGCAAGGGGGGAAUGCGCCAGAAGGAAUGAAGAAGCUUCAAUCACGAUUCGUUCGUGACUGGCGCUUCCGCGGCAACUGCUGGAUUAGGCGAUCAAGGCUUGUCGCCAAGGAGUUCAAAUUCUUGGAACCCGAGCUUGAGCACUUGUACGCACCAGCUUCCAUGGCAGUACUUCAGCGGUGGUAUCUUCAUCUCAAGGAAAUCGUGAAGGGCAAUCGCUUGAAGCCUUUUGAGGGUGCUCCUGCAGUGUUUUAUGAGAAAGGAAAACUUGCGUGCAACAGCCAUGUAGAUGACUUGCAGCUUUGUGGCGGUGACGCUCGCGCACAGGAGUUACUGGGCAGCCUGAAGAAGGGCGGCUUGAAGGUCAAGGUCGAGGGACCUGUCCGAAUUGAUGGAGGAGAGUGUCGCUUCUUGAAGCGGUUGUUCGUCGGGGAUGGUUCAGGUAUUUUGGUUGUUCCUGAAGAGAAGUAUGUGACCAAGUUGUGCGAAAUAUUGAAGCUUGAGAGGGCAGCCCCGAAGCCAACACCUUUGCCAUCGUCGUUGAAGCGGCCAGUGAGAGAUCCAGAACUUGAAGGUGACGAUUAUUCUACAUAUAGGAGUGGCCUAGGGUUGCUGCUUUACACUUGCUCGGACUACCCCGAGAUACACUUUGCCGUGCGCAUGCUUGGUUCUAGAUGCUCGAGUCCCACCGAGUAUGACCUUAUGCUCAUGCGUCACGUCGGGAAGUACUUGAAGGGUCGUGAGAACUAUGUGUUGAAACUCUCCAGAACCAGCCCAGGCACCACUUUUGAAGAACGAGUACGCAAGAUGGAUUCGUUGGAAGAUGAGGACUGGAGGGUCAGUAGUGCAGAGCCUAGCUUUAAGCAAGGCCAUCUCAUCGAGAUUGUCACUGAUGCCGAUUGGGCUUCAUCGCAUUUCUCGCGGAAGAGUGUGAGCUGUUACUCGAUGUACCUGAACGGGAACUGCGUGUAUGUGUCCACGAAACUUCAACAGACUUUGGCUUUAUCCAGUUGCGAGGCUGAAUACAUGGCCUCACUAGCAGGGUGUGCCGAUGCAUUGUUCGUGAAGGCAUUGCUUGAAGAGGUCACGGAUUCAGAGGUCACGAUCAUCCAUAGGACGGACAACUCAGGAGCUAGAGCAAUUAUUUCAAAGCAAGGAUGUGGACGUUUGCGCCACAUUGACCUUGCUUACUUGUGGCUGCAACGUGAGUACCAGCUUGGACGUGUGAUUGAGAAAGUGAUUACAACCGAAGCGUGCCCACCGGACAUUGGCACCAAGGCUCAUCCACGUAGGAGACAACAGUUUCUACUUGGUCUCUUAGGCUUUGUAAACAAGGACACCAAAGAGCUUGCGGGAUCAGAUGAUGUGAAUGCGUAUCUCAUCCAGAGUGGCUUGAAGAGCGGUUUGAAGAGUAGGAGUGGAAAGGCAGCAGUCCGUCUCAUCAUGGCAAUGUUGUUAACGGACCCCGCGGAUGCUGCGAACAUCAAGGAUGACAACGCGGCGGAGUUCAGCGAUCACUUCCUCACGAGCUUCGUCAUGGUGAUGAUUGGAUUCUUCAUUGUCGGCAUCUUCACCUACAUUGUCUUCUACUUCAACAAGUUGUGCGUGAACAAGGAGAACAAGUGCUUCCGCAUCCUCGUGCUCCUGGCCCUUUUCCUCUUCCAGGCGGACGCGGUGAAGUAUACCAUCACGAUUGAGAUUGAUGGUGAAGGUCGAGUCCAACGUGAAGGUGAUGAGCAACUACAUGGGUUCACUUUGGUGGAAAGCGCGAGCUCUCAACCUAUUGUUGCCCCCGGUGGUGGCGCUACUUCGUCUACGAGUUCUGCGACUGGUGGUGCUACGUCCUCUUCUUCGUCUACGGCAGCUUCUUCGGCAACCACAGGUCCUACGACAACGAGUGGAGCCCCAGCUACGAGAGCAACAACGGAGGAUGGACCGCCCGUUGGGUAUGCAUCUGGCGUCGUCACCGUUUGGCGCAUUGGUCAUGGAAGCUGCUAUCACAGGCAGUUUUGUGGAAUGGUGAAUCGUGCACGCCGUGUGGAGCCGCACAAGCUUCUUGAGCUUAGUCGACGACAGGCGGAGGCAGCUGGACUGAAACCUGCAGACAGUGUGGUCCUGAGUCGAACGCGUAGUUUUGUACAGCAGGUGUGUGUAGUGAAGACACACGUUUUCUCCAGAAGUCGCUUUUGGACCUUUGCGUAG